UUAGUCCGUUACCAAAGGCAAAGGAAGUGUAAUCUUGGAAUUUUAAGAUCGCAGCCAAGUUCUACAUCUAGAUUCUAGAUCCUGGAUCUGUCAUUUAGAUCAACAUAAUUCUAACCUAUCUUGAUAGUUGUUCUACAAAAACUUGACUGAUGGAGUGUAACUCUAGUACCGAGCUCAUGCAAAAUGAAAGUUAUUGCGCAGACUGGACAGCUGAGAUAGACAUCAAUCUGAAAUCUGUGUUUAAACUCAAUGAGCUGAGACCCCUGCAGAGACAAACAAUGAAUGCGACUUUGGCUAAAGAGGACUGUCUUCUGAUCAUGCCCACGGGUGGUGGGAAGAGCUUGUGCUUUCAGCUCCCUGCUGUCAUUAGCAAAGGACUUACUCUGGUUAUCUGCCCCUUGGUGUCUGUAAUGGAAGACCAACAUAUGGCACUGGAGCGACUGAAAAUACCUUCAGCUAUCUAUAACUAUUCCACUCCCAGACUAGAGGUUAACCGUAUUCAGGAGGACAUGGUGAAUCCAAACGGUCAACUUAAGGUUCUCUUUAUCACUCCUCACUUACUGGUCCAUAGUUACAGGUUCAUGGGCUGCUUAAAGAAAAGUUACUCCAUUAAUCACUUGGCUCGCAUUGUUAUAGAUGAAUUUCACCUGUGCUCAAAGAGCAGUCAUGACUUCAGAGAUGACUAUGAAAUUUUGGACAUCAUGAAGCGCAAGUUUCCUAAUGCUCCCAUCUUGGGACUGACAGCAACGGCGACAGACAACGUAGUUGAAGAUGUGAAAGAGAUACUGAACAUUCCCAGAGCUCUUUUAUUUAGGGCUUCCUUCAACCGUCCAAAUUUAUUUUAUGAGGUCCUGGAAAAGCCAGAUACUCCUCAGGACACAAUGGAUAAAAUAUUUCAUCUGAUAGAACAAAGGUUCAAAGGUCAAUCAGGAAUCAUAUAUUGCUUCAAUCGCAAAGAGUCAGAGGAAGUGUCUUCUAGCUUGGAGUCUCGUGGCAUCAAGUCAAGCUGUUACCAUGCUCUAAUGCCUGCGCCAUAUCGGAACAUAGUGCAUCGACAGUGGCUUUCUGGAGACAUUCAGGUUGUUGUGGCCACAGUUGCCUUUGGGAUGGGAAUAGACAAGCCUGAUGUCAGAUUUGUUAUCCAUCACAGCAUUAGCAAGUCCAUUGAAAAUUUUUAUCAAGAAAGUGGACGAGCAGGUCGAGAUGGCCAACGGUCAGACUGUAUUGUCCUAUACAGAUUGGCGGAUGUCAUACGUCAGAGUUCAAUGGUCUUCACUGAACAAACUGGGUUACCUAAAUUGUAUGGCAUUGUCCAGUACUGUAUAGAUGUAGCAAAAUGCCGAAGAGCACUGAUAGCUCCUCAUUUUGGUGAAGUUUGGGAGAGUGCACAUUGUAAUAAGAUGUGUGACCAUUGCGCCAGUACCCAAUAUCAAGUGAGGAUCAAAGACGUCACACAGUUCAUCAAAAAUGUAUUAUCUACACUGGAUGCAGCUCAGAGAGUCACGCCAGCCAAACUAUUGGAUGCUUGGUAUGGGGCUGAUCCUGCUGGUUUCAAGGGGACAUCAAUAGUGGCACCAUCAUUAGCCAAGAAUCGAGCUGAAAGAACUGUAGCCCAGCUGCUUGUUGAGGGCUACCUCAAGGAAGAAUUCCACUUCACAGGAGACACAAUCAACUGUUACAUAAUACCAGGUCCUAAUGCUGAGCUUCUUCGCAAUGAUGAUAUUAAAGUGAAAAUAGAUUUUGUAGUCAAUGGUGGUUCUGAGACCUACUCCAUGACUGACAUUGAGCUCGACUUUGAAGAUGAAGACGAAGGUGAGUCUAACCAAAGGAGAAGAAAAAUCACCAGCCAAUUAAGAAGGACAUUCCCUAAAGGAGAGGUGAAUCUAUCCAAACGGGGUCACAGUGAUGAUGGAGUGGCCUUCGAGAAGCUCAGACACAGCUCAUCUUGUUCAUCAUCGGACAGUGAAGACAAUCUGAAAGGAGAGGUGAAUUCUUCAUCCAAACGAGGUCAUGCAGAUGAGGAGGAAAAAUCUUCAAAGAAGGCUAAAAUAAGCUCGUCAGUCUCUUCCACUGACAGCGAAGAUAACCUGACAGUCUCCAUAGAUAAGAUGAAGUCUUUGUCCCUUGAAAUGGUCUCUACAAAUGAGAAGUUGCCUUGAAAGUCUCCAUAGAUAAGAUGAAGUCUUUGUCCCUUGAAAUGGUCUCUACAAAUGUCAAGUUGCCUUGAUAGGGCAUGUAUUUAAAUUAUGCUUGGUAAAAGGAAACCACUAAGCCUUUGUAAUUUCAUCCGUAGACAACUUGUUUUACUAGACUUUUUAGACAAAUUUAUUAGACAAUGAUAUAUGAUGUUUAUAAUUUUGAUAAUAAAUAAAUAUAUUUUAUAAAUCUUA